AUGGCUUCAUCACCGGCAUUGUUUACUGCCUCGCGCAGUCAGACACUAACUUACCUGUUGGCGGUGUGCCCCUUCUCUAUUGCCUUCCUAGUCUACAUCAAUUCAUCCAUCUCCUUCGUCGUGACGGAUUUGAUUGGGCUCGAGGAUGGAGUGGGAGAUUCAGUGGGAACCCUGGGAUUUGCGGAUGAACUGCUCGCCCUAGUUGCCUGUCCACUUUGGGGUGUUCUCUCGGACAGAAUCGGAGUCCGCCAUGUAUGUACUGCAGGCUACGCUAUCGUAGCACUCGCGCUAGUCGUUUUUGUGCAAGCCACAAAUGUUUAUCCUCAGCUUCUCUUGGGAAGGUUGCUAUUUAGUAUUGGUGGUUCAGCGGUAUCGACCAUGGUCACUGCAGUUUUGCCAACUGUUACCGGCACAGCAUUUAAUGCCAAGGAAUAUCGCGCAUCUGUGUCUUCGGAGUUGACCGUCACACCAGAGCGUGCCAGGAAUGGCUAUUCCAUAGAUCUUGGUCCUUCCAGGGCAUCACCGUCUGCGCGACUCUCGGGUUUUGUUGGCAUGUGCGCUGGCUGUGGUGCGCUCGUGGCACUGGUUAUUUUCCUGCCGCUUGCAGCCCGGUUUGAGAAGAUGGGAUUGUCGCCAUCGCAGGCCAUCCAACGCAGCUAUUAUCUGGUUGCUGUCGUAUCCCUUGUUAUCUGCCUUGUAUGCUUCAUUGGUCUCCGUGAUCUUCCAGGAGAAAAGGGCAAGAGUUGGAGUGCACUGUGGAAAACGUCUCGUCACUCGUGUAAUGACGAAGAUGAUGACGACGAAGACAACGAAGAUCUAUAUAUCCAUGGCCCAAGACUGUCAUACUGGAAGCAGCUGACAACUGCCCUUACACUAGGAUUCCGAAACCGUAGCAUUGGACUGGGCUAUAUCGGAGGCUUCGUGGCUCGAGCCUCUUCUGUGGGGAUAUCAUUGUUCAUUCCCCUCGCCGUCAACCACUACUAUCGGGUGUCGGGGCUCUGCGACGAGGAACGUGAACCGGUUCCUGGGUCGGGAUUAGGGGAUAUUAAGAAAGCAUGCCCCCGUGCAUACAUCGUCGCAUCCAUACUGACCGGGGUAUCCCAAUUGGUGGCACUGAUUGCAGCCCCGGCAUUUGGGUACCUGACAGACAAAUCGCGACGAUACAAUUUCCCACUCCUUUUCGCAGCAUUUGUGGGAGUCAUUGGUUACAUUAUCUUUGCCAUGCUCCCAAACCCUUUAUUCGAGAGACCUGAUGGCAAUCCCGGGGUGUUUGUUGUGAUGGCUCUACUUGGAAUCAGCCAAAUUGGGGCAAUUGUCUGUAGCUUGGCUGUGCUGAGCAACGGUAUCCUGCGGGUCAGCAUCGACAAUGAGACAUUAAGAAAAAUAUACGAGGAACGACGUGUCCGUGGGGAUGAGAAUGACGCAGAACCUGACGAGGGCCAGUCUCUUCUUCACGGGUCGGUCAAUCAGAGAUUGGGGCAGCUGUCCCACCUCAAAGGCUCUAUCGCAGGGGUCUAUUCACUAUAUGGUGGGGCAGGCAUUCUGCUGCUGACCAAAGUGGGUGGACUGCUGUUUGACAUCCUGUCAGCGGGCACACCAUUCUAUAUCAUGGCGGGCUUUAAUGGUGUGCUGCUUGUGAUGGGGAUCGCGUGUGGGGGCGUCAACCACUUCAGGUCCUCGGCCGGAAGGACUUGGUGA